UUGUUCUGCUUAUUGCUCCAUUGCAAACCAAUAAUCAUACAGACGUAAGUUAGUUCUAUAAAUACGCGACGAGUUCGACUCAAACGAGUAGUUCACCAGAAAUACUGGUCGCAAUAUUUACAAUUUCACUGCGAUAAAAUAGAGCGGUCGACGGAUAGUACAAGAUAUAAAACCAACAACAGAAAUAAAAAUGUCGCGUUCACACGUACCUCUUAUAGCGUUAUUAUUCAUCUCGUUUGUUGUUGCGACCCACGCACGAAGUGGUCUCUUCAACUUAGCUCAUCUCGCUAAAAGUACAAGGGAUAUUGUGAUUGGCACAAUAAAGGAUCUAGACAGGUACCGAUUUACGCCCGACGACAUUGUCCAGCUGAGUAAAAACCUAGUGAUGGGUUAUCCUUUCGAAGCGGUCUCCUCGGCUAUAAAUAUGAUUUGUUCUUCGGCACUCGCAAGUAAAACGAUAAGAUCGCUUGUGAAACCAGAUUUGUCGAAGAUAAAGUUUCAGCUACGCACAACCUGUAAGAAAUACAGUUAUACGCUGAUGAAUGCUUAUAAAAUAUUGCACAGUCCCGAAUUUGAUCCGAAGAAGAAGGUCGUCAUUCUAGUUACUGGUUGGACCACAACUGUUGACGACACGGAUACAAUCGAUGCUUUGGCGAAGGCGUAUAAUUGUCGGGGUGAUGUGAAUUUUGUGGCAGUCGACGUAGGGAACUACGUGGAUACUUUCUACACUUGGGCCGCAAUGAACACCAUUGAAAUUGGCAAGAGUCUUGCCGAAGGCAUAUAUUUACUGACUCAAGUAGUACCGUUGAAGAAUAUACAUCUUAUCGGUCACAGUUUGGGCGCACAUAUCGUAGGCACCGCCGGGCGUUACUAUAAACGCAAAACUGGUAAGCUUGUACCACGUAUUACCGGUUUGGAUCCAGCGAAACCCUGUUUCAACCUAGGACACGAGCUCUCAGGUCUACAUCGUGGCGACGCCAAGUUUAUCGAUGUAAUUCAUACGAACGCCGGUGUGCUGGGCAAACGCGAGGCCAUGGGUGAUGCAGAUUUCUAUCCGGGUGGUUUGCAUCCUCUGCCAAAGGGUUGUCUGACCUUGCUUUGUGCACAUGCCCGUUCGUGGGUAUAUUAUGCGGAAUCCGUUUAUCCAGGCAAUGAAUUGAAUUUCAUGGCGAAACUUUGCACUUCACAGAAGGAAUUAAUCAAUAAUAGAUGUCCGGGUGCUGAGUACCCAAUGGGCUAUGCGGUGCCACACAAAGUCAAAGGCAAUUACUUUCUGAAAGUGAGGGGAAGAGCGCCAUUCGGCUUGAGCGCUAGCCGAAAAAAUCUGAGUUCACAGGCCACUUGUGGUUUGUGUCCGUAUAAGACGGAGGAGGACAGGGGUUUUACACUUUAUUCAUUUAUUGCAAAUUUUUUUAGUUUUUAGAAGCCUUGGUCGCACUUCUUUGAAUAAAUAAUGUAGUAUUUUAAAGAAA